GACCCCGUACCUUCACAGCAGCCAAUGGAGCAUACCCCGAUAUCAACUUCUAUGUCGAACCAAUAAAUGCAAUCCAGAAACUGAGCACAUACCUUAUUCAAGGCAAAUUUUGUCUUGUAUAUGGACAUCGUCAGAGUGGAAAAACAACAGCCAUUUAUGCUACAGCACGAUGGCUCACACAUCACUCGACAGAGAUCGAAAUUAGGGGCUUUGGUCAUGGUCUACAGAUCUAUGUGAUAUCCUUUAAUGGUGGCAUUCAGUUAGAACGUGGA